CGCGGGGGGCGGGAUGCGGCGCCCGGGGCGGCGAUGACCGCAGCUCGCUGCCCGCGGGCCCGGUCCUGACCCCGCUGCCUGCCGCGCGCCCGCUCGCCGAGCCCCGCCGAGCUUCUUCCAGCCGCGCUUCCUCCGCCUGGAGCGCGGCGCUGAGGGGGGCCGGACCCCGGGUCUUGCGGGCCUGCGCCCUGGGCCCUGAGCAGCGCCCAGCCCCGCGCUGAGUGACCGUGCCCCUGCCCCGGGUCCGACCAGCGAGAUGACGCCGAGCCCGGCGCUGCUGCUGCUGCUGCUGCUGCCGCCGCUGCUGCUGCUGGGGGCCCUCCCGCCGGCCGCCGCCGCGCGAGGCCCCCCAAGAAUGGCAGACAAGGUGAUCCCACGGCAGGUGGCCCGGCUGGGCCGCACUGUGCGACUGCAGUGCCCAGUGGAGGGGGACCCACCACCGCUGACCAUGUGGACCAAGGAUGGCCGCACAAUCCACAGUGGCUGGAGCCGCUUCCGGGUGCUGCCCCAAGGGCUGAAGGUGAAAGAGGUGGAGGCUGAGGAUGCAGGCGUGUACGUGUGCAAGGCCACCAACGGCUUCGGCAGCCUCAGCGUCAACUACACCCUCAUUGUGAUGGAUGACGUCAGCCCAGGGAAGGAGAUCCCAGGGCCCAGCAGUUCCUCUGGGGGCCAGGAGGACCCAGCCAGCCAGCAGUGGGCCCGGCCUCGCUUCACACAGCCCUCCAAGAUGAGGCGCCGGGUGAUUGCAAGGCCCGUGGGCAGUUCUGUGCGGCUUAAAUGUGUGGCCAGUGGGCACCCACGGCCUGAUAUCACGUGGAUGAAGGACGACCAGGCCUUGACACGCCCUGAGGCUGGUGAGCACAGGAAGAGGAAGUGGACACUGAGCCUGAAGAAUCUGCGGCCUGAGGACAGUGGCAAGUACACGUGCCGUGUGUACAACAGGGCGGGGGCCAUCAACGCCACCUAUAAAGUGGAUGUGAUCCAGCGGACCCGCUCGAAGCCUGUGCUCACGGGCACGCACCCUGUGAACACAACAGUGGACUUUGGGGGGACUACAUCCUUUCAAUGCAAGGUGCGCAGCGACGUGAAGCCUGUGAUCCAGUGGCUGAAGCGGGUGGAGUAUGGCUCCGAGGGCCGCCACAACUCCACCAUCGAUGUGGGUGGCCAGAAGUUCGUGGUGCUGCCCACAGGUGAUGUGUGGUGGUCGCGGCCUGAUGGCUCCUACCUCAACAAGCUGCUCAUCUCCCGUGCCCGCCAGGAUGAUGCGGGCAUGUAUAUCUGCCUGGGCGCCAACACCAUGGGCUACAGCUUCCGCAGCGCUUUCCUUACAGUGCUGCCAGACCCCAAACCACCAGGGCCUCCUGUGGCUCCUUCAUCAUCAACCACAAGCCUGCCAUGGCCUGUGGUUAUUGGUAUCCCAGCAGGUGCUGUCUUCAUCCUGGGCACUGUGCUACUCUGGCUCUGCCAGACCAAGAAGAAGCCAUGUGCACCCACACCUGCACCUCCAAUGCCCGGACACCGCCCCCCGGGGACAGCCCGAGACCGCGGCGGGGACAAGGACUUGUCUGCACUAGCCGUGGGACUAUGUGAGGAGCACAGUCCUCCAGCUGCCCCGCAGCAUCUGCUGAGCUCAGGCUCGGCUGCUGGUCCCAAGCUGUACCCCAAGCUGUAUACAGACGUGCACACACACACACACAUGCACUCACACACACACUCUCAUGUGGAGGGCAAGGUCCACCAGCACCAGCACGUCCACUAUCAGUGCUAGACAGCAGCCACCUGUCCUCAAUGUUGUGUGCCACAGGAAGGGCAUGUGGGGGCCAAGGGCAAUGGACAGACAGGCUGGAGAGGGAGGGAAGCAGGACAC